AUUCCGUUGAAUCGAAUGCCUUCUCAUUGUGGCUUCUCUGUGAGGUGGUCCAGCAGAGAGGUGCUAUUUGUAGCUCCAUACAAAGGCUGCCAUGUAACUGAACAGGGUGGUGAUCAUGUACUGUAUCUAAGACUAUGGGGGGAAUCCAUGACAAUGUCUUGUCCCCUUUUCCCCUCUUCACCUUCUGUAACCUGCUUCACUUACGGAAUGGUGUUAAAUAUGGGUAAUAUUGGAGCAGACUCACUCAAAGUGAAAGUCUAUGAUGUAUGGAAACCCGUGCUGUCUUCUGGAGAACUUUGUGGAUUUGCUAUGGUGUCACACUCCAGAGAAACGUUGAUUACUGCUCCUUACAAAGAACCCUGCAUCAAGAUAAAGGAUAAUAAGCAUGUUCUUGUCCUGCAUGCUAAUGGUCAAGAGGUUUCGGUAUCCUGCCCAUCUCACACUGGCCCUGUGGAUCCUCUGAUGCCAUCCAUCACCACGGCUACACCAACGACUGGGGGCUCCUCCCACUCUCAGUCCGCAGAGCUGCCUUCUAACCGUGGGUACCAACAGUUUCCAGGGUCUCGUCCGCUCCCUGGAUCUUUCCCAACAACUGACCCUACUAGGGCUGCACCCACAGAACUUCCUCAAAUCCCCAGGUUCCCCACACCAUUCUCAACGAGAGCUGCCCCCACGGAUCCUCAAUACCCCGGGUUCCCUCAAUACCCCGGGUUCCCUCAAUACCCCGGGUUCCCUCAAUACCCAAGGUUCCCCGGAUCGUUUCCUUCGACACCAGAGCUCUCUCCCUACCCCGGGUUCCCAAAUUUCCCUGGGUUCUUUCCACCGUUGCCAACAACUGCCAUCAUAAGAGCUGAUCCCCAGAUGCCAGAACUUCCUCCUUACCCCCAAUUCCCAGGGUUCCCUCCCUACCCUGGGUUCCCCAGACCCACUUCUGUAGCAUCUGGCAGGGACCCCCAGGUCUUCCACUACUGCUGGUGUCGAGGACCAGAGGAGGAUUCCAGGGUUUGGUUCUCGCCUCAGUGGUGCACUCCCUCCUCCACCUGCUCCUGA